UAUGUACAGUAUAAAUAAUCGUCAUAUUUUGAGCAGCAGGCAUCAUGACCAGCUGAUAUUUUCUUUCCUCGGGACCAGUUGUUCCCAAGAGUGCAUGGCUGGAGCCAUAUGAUCUUAUCAACACAUUUGAGAGCCUGACCCAAACACUGACAGAGAUUUUGCUGCAGCAAUGACUGUCAUAGAAGAAAGUCGCCCUUUUGCACAGCAGUUAUCCAAUGUCUACUUUACUAUACUUUCACUUUUUUGUUUUAAACUUUUUGUGAAGAUCAGCCUGGCUAUACUUAGUCAUUUCUACAUUGUGAAAGGAAACCGUAAGGAAGCAGCAAGGAUAGCUGCUGAAUUUUAUGGAGUUCCUCAAGGACAAGGUUCUUGGGCAGAUCGCUCACCUCUGCAUGAGGCAGCCAGUCAAGGACGUCUUCUUUCUCUAAGGACUUUAUUGUCACAGGGAUACAAUGUAGACACACUAACAAUUGACCAAGUAACUCCACUCCAUGAAGCCUGUCUGGGAGAUCAUGUAGGAUGUGCAAGAAUCCUCCUUGAAGCAGGAGCAAAUGUAAAUGCUACCACAAUUGAUGGAGUGACACCUUUAUUUAACGCCUGUUCGAGAGGCAGUGCAGCAUGUGCCGAGCUCCUGUUACAGUACGGUGCCAAAGCUCAGUGGGAGUCCUGUCUGCCAUCACCAACACAUGAAGCAGCCAGCAGAGGUCACAGUGAAUGUCUGGAGGUACUGAUAUCCUGGGGUAUAGAUGUUGACCAAGAUCUUCCUCAUUUAGGAACACCUCUGUAUGUAGCUUGUGUUUCACAGCAGAUCCAUUGUAUUCGAAAGCUUCUUUAUGCAGGUGCCAAUGUGCAGAAAGGAAAGAAUUUGCAAACUCCACUCCAUGCUGCUGCCCAGCAUUCUAGUACAGAGAUUGUAAACUUACUCCUCGAAUUUGGGGCAGACAUAAAUGCCAAAAAUUCAGAUUUUGAGAGGCCUGUUGAUUUAGCUGCCCCAAGCAGUUUAGUGGAGAGACUGCUGCUCUUCCACGAAGCCACACCAUCUUCUCUUUGUCAGCUCUGCCGACUAUGUAUCCGAAAUUACAUAGGAAGAGCUAGACUGCAUCUUGUUCCACAGCUCCAGUUGCCAACAAUACUUAAGAAUUUCUUACAGUACAGAUAACAUAGUAAUUAACUGUUAGAAACUUAAAUAUAGCAAGUACAUUUUCUUCUCUCUGUUUAUUGUAUGUUUUAUCUAAAGAACUGCUGGGCGGAAAAAAAAAAGCCUUUUGCAUAUUGCUUAAAAAUAUUGUAUCUUUGACACCUGGUGUUGGUAAUGUAAUAGUAAUUGGGAGCCAUUCAGCAACUAGUGCCAAGGUGCUAAUCCAGCUGAAUUAAAUAAGUGUGCUGAUACUCUGGGACAUGAUUGUAUAACUUUAUCUUAACCCUUAAUAGCUUUAGUGCUGUUAACUUUAAUUGUGUUUAUGUUUUUAAAAUCUGUUUGACACACCUGAACCACAAAGAGUUUCUUCAUUAUUAUUUGUUAAGUUUGUCCAUUUGUAUUUUUAAAUUUCUAUUGUUUGUGUACCUAAAAAUAUCUGGUGAUGGGUGCACUAUAUGCAUUGAUAAAAAUAAAACAAUUAGACUUUGAUUCUUUUUCUUUAUAUAAACAAUUCAUUAAUCACAGUGAGGAGCUUCCUUUUCUCUUCCUCACUGCCUGUGCUGUGAAUUGUAAUUAAACUGAUGUGAACACAAACUUAA